GACAUAAACUGCCGCACCAUACGCCUUUUCUGAUGCAUCAACAAAUGUAAGUUAACACCAUGAACUCUGCCCACUAACAUCAGGUCACCCUGCCCCUCACACAACCUGCCCCUCACACAAACUGCUGGCUCAGCGUGGAUUGCUGGCUCAGCAGAAAGGAUGGAAACGCAGAAAUACCAACCGCUUGCGCAAGAGCCAGCGGUGACACCGGAUGCGCGUGCGACCGUUGGACGGUCAUUCGCGCUGCGUCAGCAACUUAGGGCCAGCUAGGGAGCUUUGGCACUUCUGGGCGGUAGCGUUAAGAAUUAUUCUGGUUGCAACCAGCAAAGAAACAAGAACCCUUAAUCAGCUAGCUCUAAGAUACUAAAUAUUAAAUAAAAGCGAUUGUAAUGUUUUGUAAUUGUCCAGGAUCAUUAUUUGGAAAAACGCUGACCCUGAUGGCAAUGGUGAUGUUGCAGCAGGCAAGUGCUGCCCAUUUCUUCAAUUACGACUCUCCGGUAAUUCCCCUUCAGCAGGGAUACGUCUGGCGGGUUAGCGGCGUGUUUCGGCUGAUUCACGUCAUAAAUCUGCUGGAGUUCCAACAGGCAAUCCAAACCACGCGGGAGGAAUCCACACUGCUAUCCGACCAGCGUACAAGGAUGAUAGCGGACCACUACUUGGAUCAGGCUGAAGAGGAUACUGGAAGAUUGCUUUCCACACCGGCCCGGAGACCUAGGGCCGUGGAAUGGCUCGGUUCAGCAUGGAAAUGGAUUGCUGGCUCCCCAGAUGCGGCCGACUGGAAUGCGGCUCUGAAGACCCAGGAUGGUCUUGUUGCAGGCAAUAACCAGCAAGUCCGCAUCAACGAAAAGCUUUUCGAGGCUACAUAUCGGACUCUGGAAGAACUAAAUGGGAUCAUCGGAAAAGUCAACUCGAUAGACGGAGACAUACACGCUGCCACUGCGACGUUACAUAAGGCCAUGAUUUUGGCAAGGCAAGUCCAUGAAGUGACCAGAGCAUGCCAAUUAGCUAAAACGGGAGCGGUGAACACGGACCUACUAAACGGAAAGGAAGUAGAUGAUAUCCUAAACGAAGUAAUGGGACUCCCGUACCAGAACGCGGUCGAGGCCAUUGAAUUCUCCCGCCCAACGGUCAUGUCCAAUGGGACCUUCCUGCUCUACGUCCUAGCCAUUCCCAAGGUGACCGACAGGAGGUACAAGUUACUUCACCUACUCCCCACAGUCCGUGAGGGUCGCAAAAUCGUCUUGGAUGCCAACCUGAUAGCAGUGGACCCAACCGAAACCUAUGAGGUCCUUGGAAAUUGCCUCUCCAUUGGCAAUACAACGGUUUGUCAAGAAGAAAACCUGCGCAGGCUAAACGAGGAAGGCUGCAUCCCACGGCUCAUCAAGGGCGGCAACGCACAAUGCCAUUACCUAAGGGACGCACAGGAAUCGGUUACACUGAUGGACGAAAGCACGGUGUUCCUCACUGGCUUUAAUGGAACAGUGACCACCUCCUCGGGACAACGAAGACUCCAGGGCUCCUUCAUUAUCAAACUCCAAAACGAAACAAAAACCAUCGGAAGGAAGACUUAUUCCAGCCGAUCUGCUUCUGCCCUUACCGCAAUGCCUGCGGUUCUCUCCAACAUAACAGCCUUAAGUUACACCCCGACGCUGCAAUAUGUUCACGAAUUUUCUACACAAAAUCUAAGAAAACUAUACGAUGUAUCAAGAAAGCUAAAAAUAUCUUUAUUAACAGAAGCCAUUGGAACUGCGUGUGUCGGUAUCAUGUUAUACAUUGCCUGGAGAAAAAUGACGUCCACAAGAGGCCUGGCGAUACCAGAAAAGGCCAGUCCGUCGCCUUCACCCUAAUCUGCGGGACGCAGAUCUCUGGAGGGGGAGGAGUUAACACCAUGAACUCUGCCCACUAACAUCAGGCCACCCUGCCCCUCACACAACCUGCCCCUCACACAAACUGCUGGCUCAGCGUGGAUUGCUGGCUCAGCAGAAAGGAUGGAAACGCAGAAAUACCAACCGCUUGCGCAAGAGCCAGCGGUGACACCGGAUGCGCGUGCGACCGUUGGACGGUCAUUCGCGCUGCGUCAGCAACUUAGGGCCAGCUAGGGAGCUUUGGCACUUCUGGGCGGUAGCGUUAAGAAUUAUUCUGGUUGCAACCAGCAAAGAAACAAGAACCCUUAAUCAGCUAGCUCUAAGAUACUAAAUAUUAAAUAAAAGCGAUUGUAAUGUUUUGUAAUUGUCCAGGAUCAUUAUUUGGGUAAAUAUCA